AAGGAACCAGAAUCGGAGACAAACGUCAGAUCCAAGCACGGACCAGCUGGAGCUGUAGUUCUUCAUUGCAGCCUAAAAAUAAAGAAAAGAAGUGUCAAGAGAAAGUAUUGCGUUGGGCGAUCGCCAGAACAUCGAGCAGUGCGCACACAUAACAGACUGAGAAAGAUGCAUAAGUUUGUGUUAUGUUUUCGCUGUGUAGUGUUUUUAACUUAAAACAUCUGUGAUUAUUUUCUUCUCGUUGACGUUAAAGCAGAGAUGGCUUUCCCUAGAACAAACGCUUUAUUCCACUAGUUCUGACAGCUGAUGCGAAUGACUUCAUUGGUGAAGCAGUGUGAAAAAUUUGUAUGUGUUGUGAGACAUGUCAUUGACAUUUCUUACAUGAUUUGAUGGCUGGUGUGGCAAUGCCUCCUUUGAAAAGUAGUGGGUCCACAGGCCAGACGUCUGGGCAGUGUCAGCGCCUUGUAUUAUCAUCACCUAUAAAAAAUGAAUCGCCAAAUAUUUCUUCUCCUAGCAAACAUUAUACUGCACAUCACUAUUCUAAUAAAGUGCUUCAAAAUUUGAAUUUUCUACGUCAGAAUAUGAGAUUUUGUGAUGUAGAAAUUGUUGCUGGGGGAAUGGUGAUGAAGGCACAUCGUGCCGUUCUUUCAGCCAGUAGUCCUUACUUUCAAGCAAUGUUUACCACAGGGUUGUUAGAAGAACAGCAGGAUACUGUGGAACUUCACGCAAUAUCACCACAUGUGUUACACAGUCUAAUUGAAUUUAUAUAUUCAGGGGAAAUAGACAUCAAUCAAGAAAAUGUUCAGGAUCUCAUGGUUGCUGCUGACAUGCUGGAGUUGAAAGAAGUAGUCAUUGGAUGUACUGAAUUCUUGAAGCAUGAGCUUCAUGUUACAAAUGCUAUUGGCAUUUAUCGAUUUGCUGAAGGCCAUAAUUGUGAGGAAUUAGCCAAUGUUGCCAUUGACUUUAUUCAGUGUCAAUUUCCUGACAUAUCAAAUGAAGAAGAAUUUUAUGACUUACCAAAAGACCAGUUAAUAAUGUUUUUAUCCAGUGAACAUUUGCGAGUAGAUACUGAAUUUCAGGUAUUCCAAGCAGCUAUGCGAUGGAUAAUGCAUGAUGUGAUGGCACGACGACGCUAUGUCUUUGAAGUUUUGGCUCAUGUGCGCUUACCACUACUUUCCAUCUGUCUUUUGGAACGUGCUAUAAAUGAAUGUGGUGACGGUAGUCUCAAAGUAGCUUUACGUUCAGUGAGAAAAGAUUUGGUUACAAAAAAAGGCAGUUUAGUUCCCUUAUUUGUACAUCCUCGCCUGUGUGCAAAGAAAGAUAUAUUUGUGAUUGGUGGCUCAAAGCGUGAGUUAAUGAGUGCUUGGACUCGAUCAUCAGAAUGCACUUUUGAAUCAGUGGAAAGGUUUGAUACUUUUAGAAGAACAUGGUGUCGUGUGUCACCAAUGGGAAUUGGUCGCAUUUUACCUGGUGUAGCUACUUUAAAUGGUCUCAUUUAUGUUGUGGGAGGAGAACAAGAAUCGCAGAUCCUCGCUAAUGGUGAAUCAUAUAAUCCCAGAGAAGACACUUGGAGCAAAGUAGCAAGUAUGGUUGUUCCAAGAUGUGAAUUUGGUCUUUGUGCUUUGGAUGGGAAUUUAUAUGCUGUAGGUGGGUGGGUAGGAGAAGAUAUUGGUGGCUCAAUUGAAAAGUAUGAUCCAAUCCUAGAUGAAUGGAUGUUGGAUGGAAACUUACCUGAGCCUCGUUUCAGCAUGGGAGUGGUUUCCUAUGAUGGUCUCAUUUACAUAGUAGGUGGAUGCACGCACAGUUGUCGGCAUUUGCAAGACUUAGUAAGUUACAACCCAGUUACAGGGGAAUGGAACCCCUUGACCCCUAUGUUAGUACCACGUAGUCAGAUGGGAGUUGCUGUUCUUGAUGGAUUUUUAUAUGUUGUGGGAGGAACAAAUCGACAUAAUGAAGUUCUUGAUUCUGUGGAGAGAUAUUCUUUUGAGGAAAAUAAAUGGACUAAAGUUCCACCAAUGCAUGUAGGCAGAGCAAGUCCUGCUGUGGCAGCUGCGGAUGGACUCUUGUAUGUAAUUGGUGGAGAUGAAACACACGAGGUGAAUUUUUAUCGAGCUCAAAUCACCAUCAAUUCUGUGGAGUGCUAUGAUCCACUAGCUGAUAAAUGGCAAGAUUGCCCUCCGUUACCUGAAAGUCGAAGUGAAGCAGGAGCUGUUGUUGUAUGAUAGAGUGCUUUUUAUUUUCAUUUUGAAUCAGAGAAUCUCGUGCUUAAGCCAUGCAAUCUGAAGCAGCUAAGGAGAGAAAGCUUUUGUGUAUUUGGUUUAUAUUAAAGAAAUGUAUUUUCAGCUUUCUUUGUUAUGUCGUUUUUAGAACUAGUCGUUUGAUAGAAUUAAUUUAAUGUUGAAAACAUAUAAGUAGAUCAAGAUGUUUUUCAUGUGAAAUAUAAUUUAUUAAUAAGAUGUUUCAGGGCUGGGUUAAUAUACUCAGAGUCCUAGAAUUUUCCAGUUCUUCCAGGAAAAUAAAGUGUAAAAAUUCUGGAUGUAAAUAUGAAUUUAAAUACAGUACAUUUUUAAUAAUGAAGAAUGAAGUAAUUACAUUUAAUUGCAAUAUGCUAAAUUGUAAUGAAGGGCUAUCCUCUUUACAUUAAGCCUGGAGGAAAAAUAUACUCUAAGUUCAGAAGUUGCUAAGUACUGUAAUCUAGAGAACAUGAGCAACAAUGUGCAAUGUCUCAAAGACAUUGAUAAUGUUGCAAGGGGCAAUGACAGCAAAUUCAGCCUAGGGGCUCAGGACCAGACAAUUAACAGUCGCAUAGCAAUGGUACCUGGAGAACCCAAGAGAGGAGGGGGAGUCAAUGAUGGACUCCAGAAUAAAUUGCAAUAUAAUCAAAGAAAAGGUUUGUAUAUUUCAAAAUGAAUCAUACAAAUAUUUAGCAAAAUAUUACAAUCAUUUUGUGUAAAUUUGUAUUAAAAUAUUUUCAGUUUUGAGGAACGGCAAGGUAAUUAAGAUGUUGAACUUUUUCUGUACUUGUGAUCCUUUCUGCAUGGACAAAAAAUAUGUUUGUUUUUUUAAGAACUAUUCUCAUUCAACAUUCACUGUGUUGCUUUGAUUGCAAAACUAUUCUCUACAUUGACAGAUACAAGAAAGGUAAUAUGUUAAUAGGAUAAGAGAAUGCUGGAAUUACCACGAUGCAAUUACAUUUGAGUCCAGUUUUGAAUUGUUUUCUAAACAUUUGAUAAAACUGUCACUUAGGAUGAUGAAAGGUUGUAAUAAUAAAAGUUCUGAACAAUGAAACACCACCACCUUACCUAAGUGAGAGUGGAUGAAAUCUACAAUGUGAUCUGCUGUCCUGCCUCCCCCCCCCCUCCCCCCCUCUGUCUUGCUAUGCAACUGUCAAUGAAAUACCAUUUUCAGUAAGUUUCAGUUCUGUAGGUAUCGUUAAUGUACCAGGGAACUUAUCAAGAUAUGUUUUCUAACCUCUACUUGUUUUUGUGAGAUUUUUGUUAAAAUUUAAUUUAUUACAUUCACUAUUUCAUGUGAAUAUAGAAAAAUUAGUAGAUUUAGUAACCAACAUGUUCACAGUGUAGUCAGUUAAUUGUUUCACUAUUGUGAGGUGCAGAGCAGUCUUAAGGCUCACAAGAAUCCUAAGGAUUAAGUAGAGAGGGUCCUUAACAGUUUGACUGUUUAUGGUACCUCGAUUUACUAGUUUAUAUAGUAAUAUUAAUUUAUAAGUAUCCAAUUAACUAAAUAAUUUAUGGGUUUAAAAUGGUGCUAACUCUUAGGAUAUAUCCAUUAGGUGAUUUUAAAGCAUAUGUAAUAACACAAAUAAGUAUUUCACAAUUAAGCUGCAUUUAAUAAACUAAAUGACUGAUUAUGAGAUAAGAAUGUAAUGGACUAUCAUUAAUGAUUCCAAAUGGUCAUGGUAAUGGAAACAAAAUUUUACAUGUUAAAACUGAACAAGUCAAUUUUAUUUUACCAUAAAACCAUGUUCAAU